GCUUUACUGUAAAGCUGUGUUUACUGGUUACAAGAGAGGUUUGAGAAACCAGCAUGAGAACACUGCACUGUUGAAGAUAGAAGGUGUUACCCAACUCAAGGACACCAGAUUCUAUAUGGGAAAGAGAUGUGCAUAUGUGUACAAGGCAAAGAGGAAGACUGCAUGUCCGGGCCACGAAAAUGCUAGUCGUAUCCGUGUUGUCUGGGGAAAGAUCACACGCCCACACGGAAACAGCGGAUCUGUGAGAGCGAAGUUCAGGAAGAACCUACCUGCCACUGCCAUGGGACGCAGAAUCAGAGUUAUGCUGUAUCCAUCCAGUAUCUAAUUCUCGGGACAUGUACAGUAAAAAAAAAAA